AUGACUGACAUGAUACCGAUCUUUACAAAUAUGGCUAUCGCCUUAUUCGUUGGUUACCGAGCUAUGAUAAAGAAUGAAACGCCAGUUGCAUGUAUUUUAGUUUCCAGAAGUACAAAUCAAAUUUUGAGUAUAGGGUAUAAUGAUACUAAUCGGUCGCUAAAUGGUACGAGACAUGCCGAAUUCAUAGCUAUAGAUAAGGUGAUGGGUCAAAUUCCAGUACAAGAUAGAUCUGAUAUUGCUAAGAUUCAGGCAUUUUUUGGUGAUGUAAUAUUGUAUGUGACAGUAGAACCAUGCAUAAUGUGUGCAUCGGCAUUGAAACAGAUUGGGAUCGGCUACGUAGUAUAUGGCUGUGGAAACGAUAGAUUUGGAGGAAAUGGAACAAUUUUGAGUAUCCAUCAAGAUAAAAUCAAUAAGGCGUAUCAAAGUUAUGGAGGUGUCUUGAGGACAGAGGCCGUUCAGUUACUAAGAAACUUUUAUAUUCAAGAGAACGAUUCGGCACCGAACCCCAAGAUUAAGAAGAACAAAGAGCUAGAAAAUAAGGAAUACCCUCCUAAUUUAGACUUUAAAGAGUAUUUGUCACCAGAAGAGUUCACUGAAUUCUUUGGAAGAGAAAGGUUUGCUGCAUCGUAUAAUAACAGAGAACGGGAAUUAACCCCCGUUCUCAACCGUGGGUAUACAUUAAGAGACAUUCUAAGCAUAGAGGACCUCCUUGCGGUAUCUGAUUUGGAAGAAAUGUAUCAAGAGAAGGACUUUAAGAACAAGCUAGAAAAUGAUUUGGAAGAAAUGUAUCAAGAGAAGGACUUUAAGGACAAGCUAGAAAAUGAUUUGCAAAAUUUCUAUGGAUUGUUCUACGAUAUUGAUCUUGAAGGAAAGGUUGAUUUCAAUAAGAUAAUAACCAAAAUUGACCAAAUUGCCCAGAUUAACCAAUCUGAUCCACCUGAAUCGGUUAAUCAAGUGGUCCAAGUUGACGGCUUCACUGCAGACUUAGACUGUAAGAAGAGGAAACUAAAUGCAUGA